AUGGCAUCCACUGCAAACACAGUAUAUGUCGUGACAGGUGCAAACAGAGGCCUCGGCCUUGGACUGACCAAACGCCUACUAGAACGCCCUGCCACCACCGUCGUGGCCUCGGUGCGCACCCACGACGCCGCCACAAGCCUUAGAUCAGACGUUGAAGAUGUUUCAGUGGGCGAAAAUAGUGACCUCCACAUCAUCGAACUGGAUUUUUCAACUGCGAUACCCCCCGAAAAGAUUGCACAGACCUUCGCCGCAACAGUCAGUACAGUGAUGCACAUCGAUGUGCUUAUCUGCAACGCUGGAUUUGUGACGCCCAUGACUCCCGCCCUAGUCACUUCGGCGGAAGACCUCCGUAAAUCCUUUGAAGUCAACACCAUCGCCCCGCUCCUUGUGUUCCAGGCCUUCUGGCCACUUCUGCAGAGAUCGGCUUCUGCGCCCAAGGUCGUCGUCAUAUCUUCCUCCGUCGGUUCGAUUGCUGACCAAGAGCCUGUUCCCGGUGGAGCAUAUGGUCCAAGUAAAGCGGCCUCCAACUGGCUCACCAAGGCUCUUCAUGUUGAAAAUGAGGCAGAUGGAUUGGUUGCGUUUGCUCUGCAUCCUGGCUGGGUGCAGACGCGCGCGGGCGAUUUUGCUGCGAAGGAGUGGGGAUAUCCCGGUAGCCCGCCGAUAACUGUUGAGGAUAGUGUCAAGGGAAUGCUUGGUGUUAUUGACAAUGCUACAAGGGAAAAUGUGUCGGGAAAGUUCAUGUCGCUAACGGGAGAUAUUUUAUCGUGGUAG